AUUCAGGCGUUCUGUACCGGACUGUUCUUUAGGAUAGAGAAAGAGAGCUAUGCCCGUAUUCAAUAGGUUUGCCGAAGCGGGCCGAGUCGUCUUCAUCGAAUACGGCAAUUAUAAGGACAAAAUAGCCGUCAUAACCGACAUCAUCGAUUCUGGAAGAAUCAUCGUCGACGGCCCCUUCUCUAUCACCGGCGUCCCAAGAAUGGUGAUCAACUUCAAGAGCGUCAGGCUGACCUCCCUCCUCAUCAAGGGCGUCCAAAGGGGAAUCAAAACCCACGCGCUGACGAAGCUCGUCACCGACUUCGACCUUGUCAACAAGUAUCUAGAGACUCCUGAGGGAAAACGUCAGCUCGCCAGAGACAGCGCGGCAAGUAUGAACGACUUCGAUCGCUUCAAGGUCGGGUGGAGCCGCGCCAUCAUCAAGCGCGCCGUCAGGGCCGAAGUGAGGCGUCUAAAGGGGCUGACUAAGGAAGAGGCUCAAAAAAGCCCAGAAGAAGACAAAGACGCAAAGCAGAAAAAAGUCGCGCGUCUCAACAAACACCGAGCAAUUCUGCUCGACAAAUUGAGGGACCCAGGAGCGAUCUGCGUUCGCCCACGCGCGCAGAAGGGCCGCACGCAGAAGGGCCCCUCAAGAAAACUGAUCUACGCGGCGAGCACUUCGACCGGUAAGCCCAAAAAAAUCACCCUCAAAAACUGAACCGCGAAUAAAGAAUAAAUUUACCAAAAAUGGAGGGAGCGAAACCAUCGAACUAAAAAAA